UUCCAAAACAAAUUGAGUAUACUACAAAAAAAAAUGUCUUUAAUACCUCUAUUUAAUGGUCGCAAAAACCAUUCACGUCGUGUGCAAAAUUCUCCGCCAGCAACAAUAAUUACGCCUCAAUCCCAAAAGAAUCAUGAUCGUUCUGAUUCUUACGAUCCAACAACAACAAUAAUGCAUCGUCAAUUUAAAACAAAUCGAAGUGAUGAGCAAGAUCUUUAUAAUUAUCCACCACCAACAACAAAUCAGGAUCUACACCAUCUUUUUAAUCAACUAUCAACAACAAGAAUCACACGUCAAUCCCAAACAAUUCGAGGCCAGAAAGAUUCUUACGAUCCCUCUCAUAAAUUUUAUCUCGAAACCCCUCGAUCUCUCAUAGCACCAUCACUAUCAUUCCCACAUGUUACUCCAUAUCUAGCUCAAUUUGAGUAUAAUGUAACCCCAGAAGCAUAUGUUUUUAGAGCUAAUUUGCAUGGAUAUAAGAAAGAAGAAGUGAAGGUACAAGUGGAAGAUGAUAGAGUCUUAAAGAUUAGUGGGGAGAAAAAAAUAGUAGAAAAAGAAUAUGACACUUGGCAUCAUUUUCAGAAAAAGAAUGGCAAGUUUUCAACUGUUUUUAAUUUGCCUGAGGAUGCUAGGGUUGAUAAAGUGAUAUCAACAAUGGAUAAUGAAGUGCUUAUUGUCACUAUUCCUAAGAAGGGAGCGGUCAAGAAAUCACACGUUAGGACAGUUCGAAUAUUCUGAUAUCGAUAUAUUUAUAUUUCAUGUCGAAAAUAUUAUAGUUGAAUCGUUGAAUAUAUAGAGGGUAUACAUCAGCUUUUUUAUUAAUAUAGAUGAUGUGAACUGAGGAGGUAAAAAAUAAAGGGUAGUGUAAGGUCUUUAUUAGUUAAUGGAGUCGAUUUAAGUAUGCUUGUGUAAUAUUAAUUAGUACGUAGCUACUCAUAAUAUUAAAUA